CUCCCCUCCCCCUCCUCCCCCCUCCACCUCGACCUCUCUACUUAUCUAUUUUGUUUUAUCCAAAGGAGUGUUUAGAUAUGUGUUUAGUUGUUUUCAUUUGAAAAGGAAAAAAAUUUCCAUCACUUGGAGACUGGAUCUAUCUGUUUACAACUUGGGUUAUGCCUUGGAAUUUCUGAUCAAAGGAAGACGAAAUGGAGCUGUGUCAGAGUUUAUUGACGUGGCUUCACACUUUAAACUUAUCUGCACUCCACUCUACACCUCAAGAAACUAGCGAUGGGGUUGCUGUUGCUCAAGCGCUGAACCAAAUAGCUCCAGAAUGGUUCUCGAACUCAUGGCUUGCUAAAAUAAAAACUGAUGUCGGGGACAAUUGGAGACUGAAAGUUAGCAACUUAAAGAAAAUAGUGGAAAAAAUUGUUGAUUUGUACCAAGAAGGCUUUAAUCAAACCCUCCCAGACAGCGUCAAGCCAGAUGUUAAUCGCAUUGGCGAAUACUGUGAUGAGGGAGAAUUGGGAAAAUUAUUGCAGCUAGUUUUAGGAUGUGCAGUAAACUGCAACCAAAAGCAAGAUUAUAUCACUGCUAUUAUGGCAAUGGAAGAAGAUGUCCAGCAAGUUAUUAUGCAGAGUAUUCAAGCAUUAGAAGGCAAUGUUGGAAGUGCAACAGCCAGCUUAGCACCUAGUUUGGACCCUGAUGGUCCUCAGUUAACAAGAGUUCUUGCUGAACUUGAGCAGGCUGUGGAAGCAAGAGAUGAACUUGCCAGAAGGUGCCAAGAGCUUGACCUUCAGGCAAGUUUACUGCAAGAAGAAAAAGCCAGCAUUCUCCAAGAAAAUCGCCGUGUUCAAGAACGUCUUCGCCAAUUGGAAGCUGAGGAAGCUAAUAUUGGAAGUGGGAAUCGUCUUCAAGAGCUCAGAAAGCAACUUGAUUCUGUUAAAGAGGAACUGUACAAGGUAGAAACUGCAAGAGAUGAUUAUCGUGCUAAAGUGGAGCACCAGGAUCGCGAACUUCAAGAUUUGAGGAUGAGAACUGAUGAGCUUCAGCGCAAGGCAGAAGAGGCACAACACCUCAAGGACGAAGUUGAUAUUUUACGUGAGACUGCAGAUCGAGUUGGUCAAUAUGAGGCAACAAUUGCAAGCUACAAAAAGAAACUUGAUGAAGCCAGUGAUAUGAAAAGGCAGCUGAAACUUCUAGAGGACAAAAAUUUAGAACUAGUUCAGCAAAACUUGCAACUGGAGGAUGAUGUGAAGAAAUCUGGAACCUGGAGGCCUCAACUGGAACAAUACAAGAAACAAGUUGCUGAAUUGCACUCUCAAUUGGCUGAGGAAACAAAACGAGCUGACCGAGUAGCAUUUGAAAGUAGAAAGGCUGCAGAAAAAUUGACUGCUGCUCAAAGAGAAAAGGAAAGACUUAUCCUGGAGCGUGAUACAUUGAGAGAGAACAAUGAGGAACUGAAGUGUCUGCAGAUGCAAGCUCAACCCACAACAGUUUCACCUGGUGCUCAUUCUGCUGAAGAUGACAUGUCUGAAGGGAUGAUUCCCCCUGAUGUAAGACAGCGGCUAAUGCGUCUUGAACAUGAGAACAAAUUGUUGAAACUCAACCAACGUGGCCCAGAGGAAGAGAAAGUAGCCAUUGUUCAAGCCCUCCUAGAUGAUACCAACCAACGCAAUGAAAUGCUUACUGCUGAAAACAGAAGAAUGAAUCAACGUAUGAUUGAGCUAGAGAGUCAGGUUAGUGAAUUAAUGGAGAAGCAUGCGGAAGGGGGAGCAGACCUCAAGAGUCAUGUUCAUGAACUAAGAGUACAACUGAAGCAAGCUCAAGAUGAAAAAGAUCGUCGAAACAACCAAAUGGAACAGAAAGAAGUUGCAUUAGAGGAAAGCCGACACACCUUCCAGGAGAGUUUAAAGAAGAGCCGUCAAGAAAUUUUAUCUCUUGAGGAAACAUUAAAACGUAAAGAUGUUGAGUAUCAAAAUCUAGAAGAACAAUUAAAGCGUAAAGAUCAAGAAAAGCAGGCGAUUGAAGAAAAAUAUAAGAGGUGUAUGGAGAAAGCUAAAACUGUCAUUAAUAGUCUGGAGCCUAAAAAGGUACUUCCCAACAUGGAUGUUAAUGUUCUUUGUAGCCAGUUAAGUGAAAAAGAUCAAAUGAUUGAAGAACUGCAAAGGAACAAAGAAAAGUGUAAACAAGAAAUAGAGUUGGAGGGCCGGCUUAUGAGCUCUGCUCUUCACACUCUCGGGCUCAGUCGCCAUAGAGAAGCUGUAGAUCAACAUUUAGCUGCGCUUAAUUCUGGUCAAGGUCAGUCAUUUUUAGCUCGUCAGCGCCAACCCACUAAUCGGAGGCGAACAACUCCUCAUAAUUACAAUUCUAAGUAGAAAGGUGAUAUGGUGAGACAAAUACAUCUCUAUGUUUUAUUAAUUAUGUUAUUUUACCCUGUGACUUGAUGAGUAAUCUUUUUAACUUGUUAUCUUGAUUUAGACUUAAUCAAUGUGGGUGUAACAGCAUUAUUGUUAUUAUUUCUAUAUGUGUAAGUUGCAGUCCUAUUAUUACAUUUGUAUUGUGUGUGCAUGUACAAUGCCAUGGUGAUUUUUAAAAGUGAAUUUAUAUUGUUAUUCUGUGGUUUUUUAUCUUGUAACAUGUAACAGUGUAGGAAUUUCAAAUUGUAAACAGAUAUCAAUUUUCAAUUCUACACAGGCUUUAGGUGAGUUGUGUGGUAAUUAUGUAUGUUGUAUUUUAUUUUAGGAGCUUAGAUUGUUAUUUCCUAUUCAAUGCUAUGAUUGAGAUUAUUUUGUUGAAGAUUCACUGAAAUAUAUAUUUUCAAAAGCAUCAAACCAAAAA